CCAACAUGAUAGGAGAUUUAUCAUCAGAUGAAGAAGAAAAGGCUGCAACUGGCAGCAUUCAAGGGUUUACAGAAAGCGUCAGGGAGUCUACUAGCUUCUUUGAAAGAUUAUCCAAAGGGCCCACUGACCAAGGAACCCCAGACUUCAAGAAAAACAAAAGAGAUACAAUUCGAAGCCAAGCAGAACAAAGGAAUGAAAAUAGAAAACCAGGAGGAGGAAGGACUAUCAAAAAUCUUUUUGCAAAGAAGACAUCUCAAAGAAAGAUCAAAGCUCCUCAAUCAGAAAAGAAGACAAGGAAUGCUUUUCCCUCUCAGCCUACUGAAGAGAGAAAAGAAAUUAUCAUUGGAGAUAGCUCUAGCGACGAAGAAGUCAAGAGCAAACAAGAGACUCUCGAAAGAUCUUCUGUAGGACGGCAAAGUAUUGGUUAUGCAAGCAUAGGCGCAAAAGAAGGACUGGUCCAAUCUAUCCCUCUCGAUGUAGCUACGCUAUCAAAUUUUGUUGAAGCUCGAAUCAAAUCCCAGGGGAUAUCAGCACAAGAGAGGAGUGAUAGUCAAGAUAGUGACAUGAUAGUGAGAAAGAAGAGCAAAAAUAUUUUCAAGAAAAGCGAAACGUCUGAGUCCAAAGGAAAACAACUUUCAGACUUAUUUGCAAAGAAAGAACAUAUCAUUGGCGAUGAUACCAGAACUAGUGCAAAGAAUAUGAAUAUUUUUUAUAAAAAGAAACCAAAAAUUGAGGCAAUUGAAGAGCAGAACGAAGAUGUGGCUACCCAUAUUUUAGACGAAAACAUCGCUGAAGACUUCAUCGACGCAUAUUAUGUGUAUCUCUCUUUAAUUGAUGACAUGACAUUUGGAGUAAUAAACUCAACAUUUCAUGAUAUCAGAUUAUUCUCGAAGUUUGAAGGCUCUGCUGAGAGUAUCAUCCAUUCAGCAAUGAAAUCUAUACUCCAAGAGGCUGCUAAAGAGUCAUAUCAAAUUUUAAUCGAUGAAGAAGAGCAUAGACAAAAAGAAAUACAACAAAUUGAAGCUCAUCGCAAAGCUCUUGCUGAAAAACGAGAGAGGGAGCUAGCUCAGCUCCGUCACAAACAGCAAGAGGAGAUAGCUCAAUUUGAUAAAGCCAUCCCUUUUGUAUUCGACGAUAUCAUCAAGACUUUUACCAAAGAUCUUGCCGAAAGAUGAAUAUUUGAUGAGAAAAAUCGUCACAAAAAGGAGUUCAAAAUUGCCAUGCGCCAUGAACGAGAUUUUGUUAUCUAUUGCAUAGUCAGAGACCAACUCAAAGAUCUAGGUGAAGAAUGAAUUGUUGAAGCUCACCAAGAGCAACAAAAAUCUCUAGAAAUCAUAAACCAAAAUUUAAAUGAAGUUAGAAACACAAUGGUUGACAAAGUUGUGACUGACCAAGUCUAUGACAUCGUAUUUGAAGAAAUCAAAGACGCCUUGGAUUCAGAAGCAGAAAACUGAAAUAAUAUAAUAAUCGAGCAAGCAAUCCAAAAGUCAGUGGAAGGGGUAAUCUUAGAAACUAUUAUUCCUCAAGAAAUUCAAAAUAAUAUUUUUCAAAAGGUUUCAAAUAAUAUGGUUGAAGAAAUUAUUUCUUCAACAUUUUCUGAGAUGAGACAAGAUGCCACAAAAAACAUCAGGGAUAUAAUAAACCUCCAGAUAACGAGUGAUUUGGUUGAGUCAGAGGUAUUGAAACUUUUAACUGAAAUAUCCAAGGAAUCAAUAAUUAAAAAUAAAGCUAUGAACAAUUUAAAUUGCUUGAGAAUUUUGUUCGGGGAUCAAGAGUUUUACACUCAAUAUUCUUACUACAUUGAUGGGCUCAGGAACGAUGAUAUGUACGUUGUUCGACAAAUUGCUGGAAUUAAUACUGCAAGAGCCGCACAAAACGCUGUAGCAAUAGCUCAAGACACUAUGCUUGAAGAGACAAUGCACCACAUGGUCGCUGAAGUGGUUGGCAACUGCAUGAAAGAAGCGAAAAGGUUGCGGAAUCAUCAAAGGAAAAAGCCAAAAAUUAAUACACCUAAAUAUGCUAUCAUCGGGAAAGAUUAUUUAAAGAAACGUUCAAAGUAUAAAAAUAGCGAAAUAAUUCAAUUUAAUGAGAAUAUAAAAGAGAUCCGUGAUGACAUUCUUGAAAACCAAGUUAUGCAGUUAUUAUCAGAAAUGAUAGUUGAUGGAUUAACAGAGCAAAAGAAAAUGAUUCAGCAGGAGCAGCAAGUUAACUCACCUCCAAGAGCAUCAAUUUUAUACCAACCUGAAUACGAAUCAGAUUCCUUCGAUGAACUGGAAUCAGAUAUUGAACCACCAAGUAUCCAAUAUGAUUACUCCCCUGAAUAUAAAAUGUAUACCAAGGAAGGACCUUCACUAAUAAUUUCCGAGCCAAAAGAAGAAACCAAGGGACAAUAUGCUCCUAAACAAUUUUUCCUAGAUGAAACCGAAGAUGAGUGACAAGUUGACUCAGACGUUAAUGAUGAACCAAGCUUUAGAAUUUCAGAUAAUUUAGGAAAUUUUUAUAUUGACACUAGUAAAGUACAGCACAAAAUGGAAGAUACUGGAUAUUCUCCAUUUAAAGAUCUUAAAUCUGACAGGACAUAUCAACCAACUUUACCAAAAAGAAAAGAAAAAGAGGUUGAUGCAAUGUGCAUAAACUGAAAUGAGUUCAUUCCAGCUAAAAAUAUUGAACUCCAUUCACAAUAUUGAACAGGUAAACCAGCAAAGAAGAAAAACCAGAGAUACAGAACCUUCGUUGAUGACGACCUCGAUCUCACUGAAUUCCUUGGACAUGAAACCGGAGAAGAAACAAUCCCCAGAAUUAACCAGAAACUAUACAAAAUUAUGAAAUCCUUAAAACACAAAGAGACAGAAACAAUGUGAGACUCUCAAAACAUUGACAUAUUCAACAGAUCCUCAUUCUCCAGCUCAUUCCAGCCAAGCCAGACCUUAUCAUCAGACAUUACAUUUGUGCAUUCCCUGUCUUCUCUGUGCAAAGAGAUUAUGAUAAACAAUAUUGAUCUUGACAAACUAGACUUAACAGGGUCUAAGCUCAUUGAGCAAGUUCAAAACUUUGAGAUGAAUAAUGAUGGUUCAGAUAACAGAGAAUCUAUUUUGAUCAUUGCUCAAACUUUGCUUCAGAUUUUCGAAUCGAAAAGAACUGUUGUUGCGAAUAGCUUCGACUGAAUCUCUGAUCAGGACCAAGAUAGUUAUGUCUAUGGGAGUUAUGCUAAUUACUCUAUGGAGGAUUAUGCUCAAAGUCCUGCAACACAGAGUUUAAGAGCCCCUGAUUUUGAUGUUUUCGAUAGUUCAGAGGUUCCUGUUAUUGAUAAUGAAGAUCAUGAAGAUGAUGAGCUUGUUAGACAAGAGAAAGAGAUUGAAAAAUGGAAAGGAAUUUAUAAUGAAAUGUCCCGCAGGCUUAAAGAGACUGGAAGUACAGGAGAAGCAUUUGAUAAUUACAGAGAGUAUAUUCGAGAGAAGAGGCUAGUAUCAAACUCCUCAUUUGAUUCACAACAAACUUCAAAUUAUCAAGGAUCUGAAAAUUCAAAAAUAAUCUAUCUUCGAGAGGAUAGAAAAAGAUAUCGCUAAUAAUUAGACCUUUUAAAUUAAUUCAUUCUCACCCAUA